AUGGCUCGGCCCGGCCUGGCCCGAGGCGGUUCGGUCCCGGGCCGGGUCAUCGAGUCGGGUGGAUCGGCAGGAGCCCUGCUAGAUCUCCUAGAAGCUGGCCGUAAAAAAUAUAAUCAAUCUGUUGAAUCUAGAAAUGUGAAUUAUAAACAACGUAAAGAAGAAUCAUUUAAUAUUGAUGAGUUUACAACAAAAGAUGUUGAUAUGUCGGAAGAACAAAAGUAUAAUACACCUGAUAUACAAUUAAAUAAGAGGCACACAUUCACAACUCAUGCCAAUUCUUCAACACCAUCGUGGGAUAACAAUCCACGGUUGGCUAUGAUCAAUGAUCAAGACUAUGUUUAUCAAUCAUUAUUAUCAAAUAAUACACGAGAAGAUGACGGUGAUAUAGAUUUUGACGAUAUUGAAGCAUUCGAUAGUCCUGACAGUAGUGCCUCAAGUUGUAUGUGUUGUGUUUAG